CUCGUCGAGCACCGCUACGCUUUGCUCUCCGCGCUCAUCGCCGGCGCCGUCUACCAAGCCUUCGUCGAAUUCCGUCGUCGCCUGCUUACCCGUCGUCAACCGCCGCGUCUCCCCAUGGCCCCUCACGUGGAUCUCGCCCUGGUCUUCCGGGGCUCGACCAACAGCCUCCUCAAAGGCGAACUGAGAGAAGACAGCCAACAAGCCGAACAGCAGUACACGCGACUGCUGCAGACCUUGAAAGGUGCCGGCCUGUAUGCGACCGGCCGAAGAGGCGAGAAGCAGGGGCAGCUGCUCGUCCUCAUAUCGUGCCCACAGAGCACGUUAUCGACCUUAGUUCAGAGAGAAAGAUACUCCGACUUCCUUCAUGGCCUAUCCACUAGCAACCUCUCCUCGGUGGCGGACCAAUCCGCCGCCGAGAAACUCUCCUCUGCGGACCGAAUCCGCAUCAUACAUUCUUAUGUGACAUCAAUGCCGCAAGACGGAGGCCUGGGCAUCAUCCCUGGCUCUAAAGAGUGGUCCCGUGUGGAGAGCAUAAUGGCCCUUCACGACCACGACUUCAACCACGCCUGGAUUCGCCAAUGGUCCUCACACCAAGUUGGCGACGCCCAACUUGACCGAAUCCGUGAACAAUUCGGCGAAGCCGUCGCGCUUUACUUCUCCUUCCUCCACACCUAUACCCACUUCCUCAUCUUUCCCGCCGCUAUCGGCGUCCUCUUCUACUUCCUCGGCGCACCCUACUCGCUUGCAUACUCGAUCUUGCUUGUUGUCUGGUCCACCGCCUUCGUGGAGUACUGGCGCGUCCGCGAGCGACGCCUCUCUGUCCGCUGGUCCACUCGUGGCUCUUUCAACGUCGAGAAACGCAGGGCGGAUUAUCAGCCCAACUUCCCCUGGUGGAAACGCGAUCUGCGCGCGGUAGCGAGCGUGCCGGUCAUCUUGCUGUUCGCGGGCGUCCUCGCGUCGCUGCUCACGGGCAUCUUCGUCUUCGAAGCAUUCGUGACCCAAAUUUACACUGGGCCAGGCCAUCAAUAUAUCUCGUUAGCGCCGACCGUCCUCUUCGUCGCGCUCGUUCCGCGCGUCCUUGGGCUCUACCACGCUCUCGCCGCUCGCUUCACGCAAUGGGAGAACCACGCACACCAGUCCACACACCAAGCUUCACUUACGCUCAAGACCUUCUCGCUCUCGGCCAUCGUCGCGUACCUCGGCCUCGCGCUCAGCGCCUUCGUCUACGUCCCCUUUGGCGGCGAGGUCAUGGGCCACGUCCACACCUACCUCUUCCACAAGGCGCACGAGCCUGCAAGCUCGGCGACGCACGCCGCCGCGUCGGCGUACGCGAGCGUCGCGCAGGGCGAGCCCCAGAACGUCGCGUUCAACACAACGCGGAGUGCGAAGGACGCGCUCGAUCAUGGCUUGUGGGAGGCGGACGCGGUGCGCGCGCGCGGGAAGCUGAACCCGAGCCGCCUCCAAGACCAGAUGUUCGCGUACAUGGUCACGAACCAGGUGAUCAACUUGUUCCUCGAGGUCGGCUUGCCGUUCGUGAUGCGCUUCGUGGGCAAAGUGACGAGCGGUGGGGCGAAGAAGGAUAAGGACGCGGGCGUGGGCGGGAAGAAGAAGCGGGUCAUCUUCGAGGACGAGACCAAGAGCGAGGGCGAGGAAGGGAAGGAGGAGAGGGCGCUGUUGGAGCGCGUGAGGAGCGAGGUCGCGCUGCCGGAGUACGAGUUGUUCGGGGACUACAGCGAGAUGGUAACGCAGUUCGGGUACGUUGUGCUCUGGAGCACGAUCUGGCCUCUUGCCCCCGUGAUGUCCCUGCUCAACAACUGGCUGGAGCUCCGGAGCGACGCAUACAAGAUCACCGUACACCAGCGCCGGCCGAUCCCCGUGCGGACGGACACGAUCGGACCCUGGGUCGACUCGCUCACGUUCCUCACCUGGCUCGGCGCGCUCACGAACGCGGCGCUCGUCUACCUCUUCCACGGCUCGUCCGCUCCCUCCGCGUCCGGCAAGGAGACGCUGCGCACAAGCUUGCGCGAGGAGCAUCCGCACACGGAGGAGGUUGUCGGGCAACCGGUCCGGACCGCCCGGCAGCUCCUUCUGGGCGCGGCCGUCGUCGCGCUCGCCGCGAGCCACGGUUAUUUCUUGGUGCGCUGGGCGGUGCGGCACCUCGUGGAGAAGGUGUCGUGGAGCGGGUCGCGGGAAGUUGAGGCAGCGCGUGAGGGUGACAGGACAGUGAAGGAGAACUACCUCAGCAGCUUGGGGGUGAAGCCCGCGGAUGAGAAGCCGACGCUGGGAGGGGUAGAUGGAAUUGAGCAAGUGCCGGGGACGAAGGAGAACGUGAAUGGACUGGAUGCCGCGGGAGAGGUCUUUUGGGAGGGAGACGAGGGCCUGGAGGAGAUUAGAAGGGCGGCGAAAGACGAGUAGAUGAUCGUCACGAACUACAACGCGAGUAGAAUGAUAGUUAUCAACAGGUCAAGAAAUUUCUUCUUGAUUCAUCGUUGGUUGUAAUCGUACAGUAACACACGAUAGUGCCAG